AUGGCUUCAAGUGGUUUUUCAGCUCCAUUACCAUCUGUGUUUACAGGAGAAAAUUAUGACUUUUGGGCAGCAAAGAUGAAGGCAUACCUGAGAGCAUAUGACCUGUGGGAAAUCACAGAAACAGGUAUUGAACCACUACCUUUAAGGGCAAAUCCUACCAUAGCUCAGUUGAAGCAACAUAGUGAGGAGGUAGCAAAGAAAUUCAAGGCUUUGUCUUGCAUCCAAUCUGCAGUUUCUGAUGCGAUUUUCACCAGAAUAAUAACUUGUGAGACAGCCAAGGAAGCUUGGGACAGAUUACAAGAAGAGUUCAGGGGAAAUGCAAGAACAAGGCAGAUGCAGGUUUUAAACUUAAGAAGGGAGUAUGAAACCUUGAAGAUGAAGGACUCAGAAGCUGUUAAAGAAUAUGCUGACAGGUUGAUGAAGGUGGUAAAUAAAAUAAGGCUUUUGGGAGAUGACUUACCUGACAGGAGGAUUGUAGAGAAAGUUUUGAUCAGCUUGCCAGAAAAAUUUGAGGCAAAGAUCUCCUCACUUGAAGAUUCUAGAGAUCUGUCUUCUAUAACUUUAUCAGAGUUGGUUAAUGCCUUGCAAGCUACUGAGCAAAGAAGACUAUUAAGGCAGGAAGAACAGGUUGAAGUGGUAUCAGAGCAAAAGGAUCUUAGAGAAAGGCAAGGUUGUAAGACAGAAAAAGAGAGAAAACAAGUGAGGAAGCUUCUACCAAAACCUUCACCAUAUCAGCCGAAAAAAUUAGACCUGAGAGGGAUGGCCAUCAUCUACAGGGUGUGGAUAGCUCUAUUGGGAGAAACACCACUCUUAUGGCAGCCAAGUCCACUUAGGGAUGUAGCUGAGCUAAUCUUUUGA